GUUUUGCGCUAUCCUCGUUUAUCUACCUUGACUAUGGUUGGUUGCUGGCCCGACAACACUGUAUAAUGUUUACUAAUACCGUAAGGCUUCUCUACAUAGAGAUUUUCUUCUUUACCCAGCAAAAUCAGCUAUAAUGGCCCUGAUUAUACAGUAUCUUGGCUUUGUUGCCCUCGACGAGCUCAUGUGCAGCAAUAUCAAUCCGGAGCUCAGGUCUCUUGGGACGAAAGAGCUAGAGGAUGAGGACAUUGUCCAACUCGUCCACAAUAAAUUGUUAAUUGACUAUGCCCAAACCAUGUCGAGCUAUCUCACCGAUGACGAUCUACUCCUGCUGUCACUUAUUACUUGGCAAUUUGACUCAUCAAUGGGCUAUUUGUCGCCAGUGCCAACUGCGUCGAAAGACACGCAAUACGCAACGCCUUUUCGAGAACUCCUGCAUUUCUUCGCACAAUCAUCGGAUGAAAAUUUCAAUCAUCUUACAGGAAGUUACAAUCUGCUAAUGAAUCAGAAAAUAAGCACGAAGGAGUUCCAGUACAAAUUUACGGCGUUGGUACGCUCUCUCGAAAAAUAUUUCGAAAAUGAAUAGGCAUCCAUGUAAUACCCCAUUGCAAAAACAUGUACUUCCACCAUUACAUGCAACUAAUAUACUGUCAAAUAAUCACUACUUUCUUUCUCAAUCGUUAGAUAAAAGGACAUGAUAUGCAGCGAUCAACACUUGCUAUGUUACAUCGAUACGACCGAGUUCUACGCAACGAACUAAAUUUGAACGAAAUUAGCCACGGAAUAUUGCG